UCCCUACUCCCUUAUGCUUGACUUCCGUCGUGCGUUGCAAAGGGAUAUCCGGUUUACGUGUGUUCUAUGCCAGCCUUGUAUAGAACAUCACGGUGCAAUUGUCUGUAAUAAUCAGUGUAACGAUCUGUUGAAAACACCGUUAUAAUGACUGAUCGAUAUACAAUCCAUAGCCAGCUGGAGCAUUUGCAGUCCAAGUACAUCGGAACGGGCCAUGCUGAUACCACCAAGUGGGAAUGGCUAGUGAACCAACACCGGGACUCGUACAGUUCGUACAUGGGGCAUUUUGACUUGCUCAACUACUUUGCGGUGGCUGAAAAUGAAAGCAAGGCCCGUGUGAGGUUUAACCUUAUGGAGAAGAUGCUGCAACCGUGUGGGCCCCCAGUCGACAAACCUGACGACUCGUAAGAAUUCUUCUGAGGGAUUGGGAGAUCAUUAGGCGGCCAUACAAAGACUAUCCAGAAUCUGACACCCUAUCCAAAGAGACUCACGGAUUCUGAGUCCUUCCUGUCCGCGUUUAUUUAGAUUUUGUGAUCCAUAUGGAAUCCUUUUUUUACAUUGCUGAUUCCACCUAUAUUUGUAGCUUCACAAAAACACGAUUAUGUUCUGCAACGUUGCUUUCGGCGUUUAUUGGUUAUUUUGGUUUCUUUUGUUCUAUUCUACUAUUGGAUCUAAUGUUAAAACGGACAAAUUAUACUGGGUAGUCCGGUUUGGGACUGUUUAAUUAGUUUAUCCCUUUACUGCUAAUGACGUGAUGUUGGGAAUUAAAUAUAUUUCUUUGCAUUGUCAUGUUAAAUCUACAUACUGAAAUAGUAUUGGCCGUUUUUUUUAUGUAAUAAACAUCUGAUUCUUUAUUUAAA